AGGUAACCAUCUCUUCGAUGUUUGUUAUGUACGCGAAUAGAGCAGGGGUGUAUUGGAUUUGAUUUUUAACUUCAUUAUUAUUAAAAAUAUUAUAAAGACUACUUAAAAUGGUGUUAGCGGAUAGAAAUUCAGAAAGUAUUCGUAAUGGGCGAAGAUCUCGUGGUCCAAGUCCAAAUGGUCAUCCAUCUGAAUCAAGCAGCGAAGAUGAAGGUGAAAAGAUCCGAGUCGGUCGUGACUACCAAGCAGUUAUUCCUGAAUUUGUUCCAGUUGAAGAACGGAGGUUAGAGCAAUGUCCUGAUCGAGCACUGUUGGUGUGGUCUCCUACAAUAGAUAUAUCUGACACAAAAUUGGAUGAAUACAUUUCACUUGCCAAAGAAAAGUACGGAUACAAUGGAGAACAGGCAUUGGGCAUGUUGUUCUGGCAUAAACAUGAUCUGGAAAAGGCUAUCUGUGAUCUGGCAAACUUCACACCAUUUCCAGAUGAGUGGACAGUGGAGGACAAAGUACUGUUCGAACAGGCUUACCAGUUCCAUGGCAAGAGCUUCCACAGGAUAAGACAAAUGUUGCCUGAUAAAACUAUCGCUACUCUGGUUAAGUACUAUUAUUCGUGGAAGAAGACCCGGAGUAGGACCAGUCUGAUGGACCGCCAAGCUCGCAAGAUGGCAGGGCGAGGUGGAGCCGGUGAAGACGGAGCAGGCAGUGACAUGGCUUCCGAUAUGGGCUCCAACUCUGAUUCUGACAACGAGGAGAAGAAGUGGACAAUCCACCGUGGCAUUCAACGUAAAAGUUGUUCGCCUCCUAGACCCUCUCAGACAACUGAAGAGGCUGCCAAAGAUAAGGAAGGUGGAGAGGGACGUAACCUGUCUUGCAGCAACUGUAGUGUGGCCUGCAGUCAUGUCCAGUCAACUCCUAAAGGCUCCAUGUGCAACACUUGCUAUACUCACUGGAGGCGGACUGGAAACUUGCGACCGACAGUGGGUCCCACCAAGCCUCGUGACCGCCAGCUUCUGUUGCGCAACAAACGAAAGCCGCCUCGUGGGAUGUAUGUGAAUCACGAUGAUCUGGUCGCUAUGGCUUCAGGCCCUACUGGUCAGGGAGAACAAAUGCUCAAGGCUAUGGAUCGGGAAAUCGUGUCUCUCAAGCGACAAGUCCAGAACAAUAAGCAGGUUCUGUCCUCAUUAAAGCGCAAAAGCAGCGAAGGUGUUGAUGUGUUGCGUCCUCCAGACAACAAUGGUCGAAUCAAUGCUCGAUGGACCAAUGACGAACUAUUAUUGGCAGUUCAAGGCAUGAGGAAGUACGGGAAAGAUUUCCAGGCUAUAGCUGAGGUGAUUGGAACCAAGACAGAAGUCCACAUGAGGUCAUUUUUCAUUAACUAUCGCCGUCGCUUCAAUUUAGAUGCUGUCUUACUGGAGUACGAAGCAGAACACGGCCCAAUCCAGGAUAAUGAUGAUAAGAUGGAGGUAGAUGUGGUGGUGACUGGUAGUGAAGUAGCCAGCAGCAGCUCUCCCCCCUCUACCCCCUCCAAGCAGUCACCUGUGGUAUCCUUCAGCGCCAAAACCACACCCACCAAAUGAUAUCAGCUUCUCAACAAAAAUAGAUAAGUGACAUCACGGUCGAUUCUCAGUCAAUCUGUAUGUAAAUAAGCCUUAUUGAAAAGUAACCUCUGUGUACAUACUUUUCCAUCGCCAUUGUUAUAUAUAUACAUAGUGUGUUGACUAUGAUGUCAAGGUUAAUUUUACAAUGGUCUAUAGUAUCAUACAGCUGAUCCAAUGUUUAGUCUAACAACCAUGUUGCAUUUUGGACUGUGUAUGCUUGGACAUUUUUUAAUUACUCACUUAGAAUCAGAAACAACUACUUUUUAUUUCCUAGUUUAAAAAGAUGAGAUUAAAUAAGUAAUUUCAUUACUAUGACAGAUGUUUCUAUUUUAACAAAGAAAUAAAAUUCAUAGUAAACAUUCUGUGAAUUUAUUUCACAGUAAACUGAUGUGGGUUACUUUAAUUUAAUUUGUUGUUACAUUUUACCAGACUCACACUUUCAACAUUUCUAAUGUUUAGUUUUGGUAAUUAAAAUAUAAAUGGUUUAUUUUGUGAUAUUUAACACAUUUACAACGACUGGAAAUCCACUUCAAAAUUUAUUUUGCUUUUGUGAUUUAGAAUCAUAAAAUAAAAAAAAACAAAAUCUGUAUUUUAAAUAUUAAAAAUCAUGAAAAAUUUAUGUUAGAUUCAAACUUUUACAAAAAAUAUUUAGUCUGUGGGUUUAUUAUCUUUUAAGUGUAUCCUGAGGAGUGCUUGAUGGACUUCCAUUGUGUUAUGCUAUGUAUGGAUAUUAAAUAAUCUAUUGGGUAUAUCUCUCAAACUUUUAUUCGGUUGUGGACAAUAAACUAAUAUUUCCAUUAUCUAAUACACAAAUGUGUGUUUUAACUAUUUUACAAUAGUAUGUAAUAAAUAUAUCCAUCAAUUUGUUUUGUAAAAAUGUUUUUUUCAUCACACAAGUCCAAUAGUCGUGUUUAAGCUAAUGGGUAAAUGAUAUUUCUAGGCAAUAUUAUAUUAUGCACACGUUUGCAUUCCAUCAAUUAGAAACAGGCGUAUUCUUAAAAACAUUCAUAACAAAUUGGCAGUAACAUGCAAAGCUUAGCUUUCACCAACAGAUUACAAGCCGUUGCAAAUGUGUUAAAGAGUCAUCUUUUUGUAGUUACUGACCUGUAAAUAAAAAUGCAUACAUUUAAAAAUUUAGUAACUGCACACCUUUUAAUAAGCUUUUAAUGUUGUACAUCAACUGUCCAGUGUGCGUAUAAAAUAGUGCAAACUUGUUGUAGUUUUGUAUAAUAAUAUAUUUUUACAAAUUUUUAUUUGUUGUAAUUUUUAACUAAUAUUGUAUCCAAAUUGCUGGAACAUGUAGCUAUUAACAUAGUGUCUUAUAGUUUGUUUACAGUUCCUUGAACAGUAUUUUUAUAAGCAGACCUGUAAAAUAUGAAUUGUCAUUCAGAAAAAUAUUAAAUUGGUGUACGGUACUGUCCUAUUUAUAAAUAAAUGCCUCAUGCAUAUUGGCAGAAACAUAUAAAAUCAAAGCUAUUAGUUGGCUUUAAAUAUUUGUUUAAUAGUUGUACAAGUAAUCCAUACACGAGGAAAUAAAUCAUGCAGUUUGAUGUGCAGCGAAAUAAAUAAAAUGUGAGAGUAAUGAUCAUGGAGUUUAUGACUUUGAUUCACCAUUCUUUAAAUUGACUAAAAACUUACAUGAGGAGUAUUCAUCUUGGACACAGUUCCAAUACACUUAACACUUUCUGAUACUCUCCAAAAUUUCAAAUACAGAUUGAUCAAAAAGUUUGCCUCUGCUAUUUUUUUUAUAAUUGAUAUAAAAAAGAGAAAUACUGGGGAACUUUUCCAAAAUUUAGUUGGAAUGCUCUCCCUCUAAUGGUAGAGAAGUGCUUCCAACUCAAAAUUUGAUAUGGGACUUCUUUGUGAUCAAGUAUGUGCAACAGAAAUUUAAGUAGCCUAUCUAGCACAAAUAUUAGCUUUUUAUCUGCUAUAUUUUAUUUUUGUGAAUAAUGUAGCUUUAGACAUUUGGAUUAAAAUUAAUAAGUACUAUUUUUAAUUAUGUUUAAAUAAUGCUUUGCCUGGGAUACUUUUAAAUAAAGUACAGGACAACCCCCAUUAAAAAAUUUCAGUCUCCAACAGAGAUAUAAAAGCAGGUUUUUGUCUUGCUGUUGGGGAUUAAAAUUUAAUAAUGGUAACUGUCAUUUAUUUUCAUUUUAAAAUUUCUUGCAACACUUGGGAAAUAAGUAAAGGUAAAUAAUACUCCAGUUCAUAUGACAAAAUUCAUAAUUUUGUUGUUUUCCUUCUAAUGUUGUAUCUUUUUACUAUUUAACAAUUUUGUGACUGAUGAGCAACCCUUCCCCUUUGGGACACCCUUUUAAAUUUUUCAAUACACUAUAGAUUAAAUCCUGCUAUGGGAAUUACUCUGUACGUGAAAUUUAAAUACAGUAAAAGUUAGAUUCUGCUGUGAAAAAUCAACCUGAACUAGAAACUAUGCUUUGGUAAUAAUAAAUAUAUCAACGUAAUGCUUUGUGGUUGUUACAAAGCCUUUGGACUUCAGUUUAGUGUGUAGUGUGAGACAAUUGAUAAUUGUUGUGUUAGAUAAUAUUGCACUAUCUCUCAUUUCUAAAGACAUGUUUUAUUUUCUACUGAAGGAGUUGUAUCCACAUUGAAAUCUGCUGACUUGUACAUGAGAAAUGUAUCUACAGGAGAAUUAAUUAUAACUAUAUUUACUCUUUGAUAGGGAGUAUUUGAAAAAGUUGUUUUGGAAUUUUUAAAGUGGAUUAUACGGUUUUUGUAUGCCUAUUAAAUUAAUAUUUAAAGAAAUAGGAAUAGGACUGGCUUAAAAACAUAUCAAAUAAUUUAUUUGUCACCCUAAGGGCUAAAUGAUUAAUAGUUGUGUUUUAAAUUUAAAAUUAUACUGUUUUGAAUGGUUAUUUGGUUAAGGAUAUUGUUUGUAUAUGAAGUAUUGCUUUUUAUUUAGGAUUCACUGAAACUGAUGACAACUGUUUACUUAUUAACGCAUUACAGUGUGAAUGUUGGUUAGGUACACCUAUACCUAUUAAAUGAACUAUUAUCACUGAUAGAAAAAUACACAAACUUACUUGUAAAGAAAUAAAUAAAUACAACUUUAUAAUCUCACAAGCUUUUAAUUGAUAUAAACAGUUUGUUACUUAUUAUUUUUAUGAAAUUUGGUGGGUAGUUUAAUAUAGAGAAAUUUAAUAGUGUCGAUGUUGUGUAUAUUUUUACACAUUAAUGUAACUUUAUCUGAACAAAGACUGCAUGUUAUAUUCAAUAUUUAUUUAACGUGUCAUUGGAAUGUAUUUUGGAUUUCCUUUAGUAUAAAGAAGAGUUAGUGGUAAGAAAUGUCCUUGUAUAAAGCAAUGGUUGUGUUAUUCAACUUAAACACGUAAGUUCAAAUUAUGAAAGAUCUGUCUGCAUUCCGCACAGCUUGUUGACUUGUACAGAUUUGAGAAGUGUACACUGAGUAUUUUUAGGCUUAGUCUUAGUCAAUAACGUUUAUAGAUAUAUCAGCACGUUUUGAUUCUGUAGUUACUUUCUGAUGUUUUAUCCGUUAGCAAACAUGCAAACAAUAUAUUGCAAUGUAAAUCUAACUUAUUUAUUGUGUAAAAGGUUUAUUAUGUUCAGUUUUAAUGGAUGCUUUGUGUUAUUUUUAUUAUAUUAUUUUUAUAAAUAAGAAAACGGUAUAUUUUAGUUUAAAAAAAUUUUAAUUGUCUUUAUGGUGCAGUAGUGAAAGUAAUUAUGUUACAUACUAAAAAAAGCCUAUGGUGUUUUGAGUCUUGGUUUUCUUUAAUUAAAUAGUAAAACUCUGCAAACAUUCGAAUUAAUUUCAAUAAAUGUUUAUUUUUGUAGUAGAUGGACUCACUAAGUAGUAAAUGCUAUAAAUAAUGCCAUUAUGGUCAUAAUGUAAUAUUCAUGAUCUGGUUCUAAGUACAAUACAGAUGAUAAAUGUAUUGUUGCCACACUUACCUAUUUUAUUGAUGUGUAACCUAGAAAAAAUAGGUUUUAUAUUGAUCACAAUGAAUCUUGAGCUUGUCAAAAUAUUUUUAACGAUAAAAUAUUCUUUAGAUUUAGUUUUGUCAGUUUAUGAUUAAGAUAAGUUGUGAAAAUGUUAAAUGGAACAAGUAUUUAGACUGUUUAAUUAAAAUGUUACCUACCUUA